GUAACAACACCAAAACAUCAAGACACUAGACCAAGCCAUCAUCCAAUCCCCGCAAAUCAAAAUUUCACACCAAUAUGUCCCGCGACUCUUCCCGCACCCCCCUCCACCUCCCCCACCCCCGCGUCGCCGACCUCUUCGAAGACUUCACUCGCUCCCACCUCACCCCCGAAGAGAUAUAUGUCCCGCCGCAGCACCAGCCCCCAAAUCCCGAAGACGAAGACGACGUGGUGCCGGACCAGCAUGCAGCGUUUGGGAUCCAGCGCGCGACCAUGAAGCAGAAGGAGCCUGCGUGGCGGGACUUGGGGCUUGAGGAGCUGUUGCGAAAGGGACCGAGAGAGGGCGUCAGUGGAAGCAAGGGGAAAGAGGGAGCAGGGACGGCGGUAGGGUUGGAGUUGAGAUUGAAGGCGGGUGUCCUAGGAAGGAGUGGGAGGGGGGAGGGGAGUGGGUUGCCGCGAUGAGGGUGCAGAGGGGACGGUAUAACUCGAGGAAUUAUGGUGAUGGGCUACUAUGAGGAAACUGCGAAGGCGCCGCUACCAUUGGACUGGACUCUAGUUUGACAGCCAGACGGGAUCAACAGGAUUGAAAUCCUUUCCAAAGAGCUGGUCGUGGGAGGGUGACAUACCACAAGAGCUGUAUGAGACAUACUACAGUAGUCAAGGCAAUUAGCAUGGUGGCAUAUUUGGUCAUGCACGACAGGACAGGAGCUGGGGCCGGUAUACUGCGUAAUUGCAGAUGCUCGAACGCUGAUAUCCAAGCUGUCGAUAUCCAUACUAUUCAUCAAGCUACUUCUACACAAAGGAAGUCAUGUAGCCGAGUACACUUAUAAGCAUUACCUAUUAAUUUCUCAAGUCCAGCUUGCGAGAG